AUGCAGCUGGUGCAGUUGGCCAACUUUGUGCUCGACAAUCUUGUGCAGUCGCGCAUCGGGUUCAUUGUUUUCUUUCACUGCUGGCAGCGGGACGAAAGUCUUCAGUUUGCCCAGCAGUUCAUCAAACCCAUUCAUCCCAUCCUUGUCUAUCAUCAGUUUGUUCAAAUGAAGGGAGUCCAGGAUUGGUCAAAUUUAGAGCUCAGUUACAUGGGUCAUUUGCAACCCACGCUGGGUAUCUAUGUGGAUAUAAAGUGCGAUCAGGCCCAGGAAUUGUUGGAGGAGGCCAGUCGAGCGCAGUUAUACAAUCAGCAUUACCAUUGGCUCUUGCAUGGCAACCAGUCUGUUUCGGAGUUUUAUGUUAUGUUUGCACCCUUUAACAUUUCCAUUGAUGCUGAUGUCAGUUAUGUGAGGGAAGAAUUCCAGGAUACCAACUCCUCGGUUCUCUAUGCCGUCUAUGACGUCUACAACAAUGGUAAAAUCAUAGGAGGUCAGCUGAAUAUGACUGGAUCCCAUGAAAUGGCUUGUGACCCAAAUGAAUGCCAAAAGAUUCGGUAUCUAAGUUCCUUGCAAAAGCGUUCUAAAUAUGGAAACAGAGAACAGCUAACUGAUGUUGUCCUGAGAGUGGCAACGGUGGUCACUCAACGCCCACUGACUUUGUCGGAAGACGAGCUUAUAAGAUUUUUAAGCCAAGAGAACGAGACGCACAUCGACUCACUGGUCAGAUUCGGGUUUCACCUGACUCUAAUUCUGAGGGACCAGCUUCACUGCAAGAUGAAGUUCAUCUUCUCGGAUAGCUGGAGCAAGUCGGAUGUGGUGGGUGGCUCAGUGGGUGCCAUUGUGGAUCAGACGGCGGACAUCACGGCCACGCCCUCUUUGGCCACCGAAGGCAGGCUCAAGUACUUGUCGGCCAUCAUCGAGACGGGCUACUUCCGGUCGGUGUGCAUUUUCCGGACUCCGCACCAUGCCGGUUUGCGGGGAGACGUAUUCCUGCAGCCCUUCAGUCCACUGGUAUGGUAUCUCUUUGGAGGCGUACUUUCGCUAAUCGGCAUCCUCCUGUGGAUAACCUUUUACAUGGAGUGCAAGCGGAUGCGAAAACGCUGGCGAUUGGACUACCUGCCCUCGCUGCUCAGCACGUUCCUGAUCAGUUUUGGAGCUGCCUGCAUUCAGAGUUCCUCAUUGAUUCCACGAUCAGCCGGCGGCAGACUAAUAUACUUUGCCCUCUUCCUGAUCAGCUUCAUCAUGUACAACUACUACACCUCGGUGGUGGUCUCGUCGCUACUCAGUUCCCCCGUCAAGUCCAAGAUCAAGACGAUGCAGCAGCUGGCGGAGAGUCCUCUGACCGUGGGCUUGGAGCCAUUGCCCUUUACCAAGAGCUAUUUGAAUUACUCGCGACUUCCGGAGAUCCAUUUGUUUAUAAAACGCAAAAUCGAAACGCAGGCGAUGAAUCCAGAGCUUUGGCUGCCCGCUGAACAAGGUGUCUUGAGGGUAAGGGACAAUCCGGGAUAUGUCUACGUGUUCGAGACUUCCUCUGGCUAUGCCUACGUGGAGCGAUACUUUACGGCCCAGGAGAUUUGCGACUUGAAUGAGGUUCUUUUCCGUCCCGAGCAGUUAUUCUAUACGCACUUGCAUCGAAACUCCUCGUACAAGGAACUCUUUAGGCUUCGAUUCCUCAGAAUCCUGGAAACUGGUGUCUAUCGGAAGCAGCGCAGCUACUGGGUCCACAUGAAGCUCCACUGCGUGGCCCAAAACUUCGUGAUUACCGUGGGCAUGGAGUACGUGGCUCCCCUUCUCCUCAUGCUGAUCUGCGCCGAUAUCCUGGUGGUUAUCAUCCUGUUAGUCGAACUGGCCUGGAAGCGCUUUCUCACCAGUCCCGCCUUUCAUCCGUAGUGCUUUAAAAUCCCUUUAAACUGAAUUACAAACUAUAU